AUGAGAGGGAACUUUACUCGUGUGGCAUCCAGAAUCAUGGCAUUCACUGACUGUAGGACACCCGCGGAACUGUACACGGAGAGGAAGGAGAUGAAGAGUAAAAACUGGAGGAACAGAAUAGGAUUUUUCUUGAAUAAAAACACUUCCCAUUUGGUAUUACAUCUCAAGAAAAACAGAUCUUACAGGCCGACUGCUGAUGACGUGCAGCAAUGGGCGCAGUCACUUGACAAACUACUCAGUCAUAAAUAUGGAAAAACUGUGUUCCGUAUCUUUCUGAAGUCGGAGUUUUGCGAGGAGAACAUUGAGUUUUGGUUGGCCUGCGAGGAUUUCAGGAACAUCACGUCGCACAAAGAGCUGGCGUCCAAGGCCGCCGGGAUGCACGAGGAGUUCAUUAAAGACGAAGCUCCCAAAGAGAUAAACCUGGAUUUCCACACAAAGAACGCCAUCUACCAGAACCUCCUCGAGCCCACCGCGACCAGCUUCCUGGCCGCCCAGAGGAAAGUCUACAGCCUGAUGGAGAACAACUCCUACCCCAGAUUUAUCGACUCCGACCUCUACAAGGAACUGUGUGCCGUUGCCAGGGGAGAGGGCAAGCGCAUUAAGUCCUAGUCAAACUAAACCCCCUCCCCCCCCACUCCCGAAGUCAUUUGUUUACCGCUGCUACCGUGUGAAUAGACCGCUGAUGAUGUUCAUCCCGAGCACCGCCUUGGGAUAAUAGACCUCAAAAAUGCAAACGCUCAGCGUAAACAAUGAAUAAUGCCAAAGCGGAGCCGUGUUUUUUUAAGUCCGUCGUGCUGAGAGCCCAUCGGGAUGCGACACGCUGCCCUAGGCGGUGCACAGGAGCGUUUCUACCAGAUGGGAUUAUUGUUACAUUUCCCUCACAGGGCCAUUACCUGCACUUUACCCCCGCUGUGUUAACAUUUUGGGAAAUGAUGCGUUGGCGAAAGAUUCUGUCGAAGUGCAACCGCAUUCAAAGCAGAGCUGACUGUCGUAACACUUUCCACUUUGCCGACGAUGCCGUUGGAAUGUAUUUACGUGCCGGCAUCCACUUGAAGACUUUGCACAGCUGCCACUAAGUGGUUGUAACUGCCAUGUUGCUCUUUUGGAUUUGCUUUGCAUCUGUUUACACAAAAAGUGCAAUUUGUACUUUUUUUCGGAUACGAUUCACAAUUUGUAUUGGGCCCAACGCUACUGGGACACUUGUUACGCGUUGUAGAUAUAUUGCAUACGUUGAAUGUGACAUUAAGUCGACAGGCAGCUGGACUGCUCAAGAAAUAAAAUAUGUAUCUGAAUUAAAUGCAAAGAUGUCAAAAAGU